AUUCAUCACUGUGUUGUCCGCUUCGACGCCGCCACCAAACAAGUCCGCGAAUGCGCUGCCGAAACACAAGGUACGACACCAAGGCUUUCUUUGACCAAACAACGGAGGAUUUUAAUGCCGCAUCAUGUGGAAAUCAAACUGUAGCAGAAUCCUCUACAUUAUUUACCUCACUUGUGCAAAAAGUGCUACGGAAUCUCCAAAUAACAACACCCAAAAAGCAAGGAUUUGUCAUGGCGACAAAAGCACAUUUGCCUGCGAAUAAUAAUGUAAUAUGCAGAUUUGUCUUCCCAAUUCGGAUGGUAAGGCUUUUGCUGGUGGGUGCUUCAUGAGAUACUCCACCACUUCCUUCUUUCCUGAUAACUACCAGACGAUUGAUAUCACCCCCUUGGAGAAACAAGGGGGAGGUUCAAGGAAGAAAAAGGCCAUUACUGGGGGAGUGGUUGGAGGUGGAUCUUUUCUUUUGAUUCUCCUCGCAUUAUUUGCUUUGUACAGACGAUCAACGUCGUCGAAGAGGAUUCAUAGAGGAGACAUAGAUGGACUAAGUAAGUUGAAAGGCCUGAUUAAUUUUAGCUAUAGGGAGUUGAAGUUUGCUACUAAAGGUUUCAGUGCAAAAAAUAAGAUUGGAGAAGGAGGAUUUGGUGCUGUAUAUAAGCAGGGUACCUUGGAGAAUGGGAAAAUAGUUGCUGUAAAGAAAUUAAAUUUGCACCAGUCUAAGAAGGUGGAAGAAGAAUUUGAAAGUGAAGUAAAGCUUAUUAGCAAUAUUCAUCAUCGGAAUCUUAUUCAACUUCUUGGAUAUUGUAGUGAAGGCAAUGAGAGAAUUCUUAUUUAUGAAUAUAUGAAAAAUACCAGUCUUGACAAAUUCUUAUUUGAGGAUACGCUGCACCAGAAUAUGUAAUUCAUGGUCAAUUAUCAGAAAAAGUUGAUAUUUAUAGCUACGGUGUCGUCAUCCUAGAAAUUAUCAGUGGUGAAAAAAACAAUAAAUUGCAGAUCCAUGGUGAUUUUGAAGGUGAAUAUCUCCUUAAAAAAGCUUGGAAACUAUACGAGAGAGGCAUGCACAUAGAGUUGGCGGAUGAUACCCUGGGCCCUAAUGAUUAUAAUGUAGAAGAAGUGAAGAAAAUCAUAGAGAUUGGUUUGCUUUGCAGCCAAGCAUCUGCUGAAUUAAGGCCAUCAAUGUCUGAAGUAAUUGUUUUGCUUCAAGGCAAUGACUUAUUAGGGAAUAUGAUGAAACCCACUAUGCCUAUCUUGAUUGAAACUUAAUUUUAGGGUUCCCUGUGACCCAUCUCUACCAUUACCGCUUCCUUUAUACCAAUUGGCACGGACUUCACAUUUUUUACUAUCAGCAGACUAUAUUGUUCAAGAAUGUAUGGUUAUGGGUGACUUAUAAUUUUGAAUCAAAAAUGGAAAGAAUAAGAUAAAA